AUGAGGUUAUUGAAUGAGAACAUGUCAGAUGGUUAUGUUGAUGAAUUAAUAGUUGACAUUGUGGAUAAUGCCCACACUAUAUUUGCCAUAGUGGAUGUUAUAAAAUACUUGCCAGUAUUUGCUUUUCAACAUGCUAUCAAAAUCCUAGAAAUAAUCCAUGAUAUAUUUGAAGAUAUGCCGAACCUCGAUAUAAUGGUUGAAAUGUUUGGCAGAAAUGAACCAACUUUAUAUGACAUACCCCAGCCUGUAGAAUACACAUUUGACGAUAUUGACUCAGAUGACCAAAUGGAAACUGAAUGUGACUUUGAAUAA